AUGGUCGAUCAAGAUGUCACAAUGAUUCUGCCAGAGAAACCACGCCAUCGUCUAGGUAAAACUGACAAACAAUUUGAGAAGUUUGUUGAAGUUGUGCAUAGGUUGAACAUCAAUAUGCCACUGCUAGAUGCUCUACAAAUUCCAACAUGUGCUCGCUACUUCAAAGAUAUCCUGACAAACAAGCGAAAGAUUCUGCAGUUCACUAUAUAUCACAUCAAGAUGACAGAAGAGUGCAGUGAUGCAAUCGCUAAUCAAGCUCCUGAAAAGAAAAGAGAUCCUAGAUGUCCAACCAUCCCAUAUUCAAUUGGAGCGUUGUUGUUCGAAAGGGCAUUAUGUAAUCUUGGUGCAAGUGUGAGCAUCAUGACUAAAGCUAUGUUCGAGAAGCUACGCCUGCUAGAGCCAGAAUCAACAACUAUGUGCCUGGAGUUGGUAGACAACACCGUUCGCUAUCCUAAAGGCAUUGUUGAAGAUGUACCUGUGAAGAUCAGGAAUCACUUUAUCCCUGUUGACUUUGUGACACUCGAGAUGGGAGAAGGAGCUAAAUCCUCACUCAUCCUGAAGGCCAUUCCUGAAGACCGCAAGGGCAAACAUAGAUGUUGGGAAGGGCAAGAUCAAGUUUGA